AUGUAUUUGUCAGUGCCGCUACCACGAGCUAUAUUUCAGGGGGCUCUCGAUGGUGCUACCAACGCUAUCACGUCUACAUACCCCAAUAUUGCAAGUCCAUUUUUUCCUGAUGUUGUCACCAGUGGAAACCAUGGGAUCGGAUACUCGACCGUAAAGCACCUCGCCAGGAAGGGUGCGAAGGUUUACCUUGGAGCCCGGAACGAGGAGAAAGGCAAAGCAGCCAUUGCACACUUGGAUGAAGAGGGCAUUACUCCUGGGAACGCCAUUUACUUUCCUUGCGACAUCAGCACUCCUUUACAAGCGAAACAAGCUGCUGAAGAUUUUAUAAGUCGAGAGGACCGUCUUGACGUUCUUGGUAUGCUACAUAAAUACCUAUGUCGGAAAAAUCCGUGA